ACGUGUCCAGCAGGGCAAUGCCUUUCUGACGUCACGCUACUCCGUUUUGUUUACAAAAUGGAAGGACCGGAGAGUCUGUCCCUGAAUUAUUUGCCCGAGAAUAUUUUAAUAGACAUCUUAUCCUGCCUCGGCGUAAGAGACCUUCUUCGAAUAAGCAGAGUCUGCAAGAAGUGGAGAAGGAUUGUCCAGGACAAGAAGCUGUGGGUGCACGUGGACCUGAGUGGGUACAGCAUGGUCUCCUCCAAGGUGCUGUGGCUGCUGCUGCGCCGGUACCUGGGCAGCGGGCUGCUCUCUCUGAGCCUGCGAGGGCAGCUGGGCUCGCUCCGGAAGCAAGGGCUCCUCUCCCCAGCCCUGCUGCGGGCCCUGAGCCAGCGCUGCCCCCGGCUGCGACUCCUCUCCCUCACCCAGGAGGACCUCAAGGGGCUGGGCAGCCACCACCAGCUCCCGGCUUCUCUGCGGGCCCUGGGGAUGUGCCGCUGUGAGGUCCCGCCCCUGUUCUUCCGAGCCGCUCCACAGGGAAGCGUCAGGACGGGGCUGGAGACUCUCGUCCUGAGGAACGUGCCGUCCUUCUGCGACUCCCACCUCAAAUCCCUCGCCUCCCAGGUCUCUCUGAAGACGCUGGUUCUGUCUGGUACCUACCGCGUGACGGACCUGGGGAUCGGGGACAGCGCGGAGAGCCUGGCCCAGCUGUCCCGUCUGGAGCUGCACGGCUGUGGCGUGUCGGAGACCGUCCUGCACUUUGUGGGGCGCCACAUGAGGAAGCUGAGGGCCCUGCAGCUCUCGGGUCUCCCCUCCUUGACGGGGGCCGGGCUGGGCUGCAUCUCCCAGCUCCCAGAGCUGGAGACCCUGAGCUUGGAGCGUUGCCGUGGCAACGGCGAGGGGGAGGGGCUGCUGAACCCCGAGGUCAUCGUCGCAGCCUGUCGCCCCCUUCCCGCUCUCAGGACCCUCCGCCUGAGCCAGAGCGAUUUCGGGGGUCCAGAGGCGAUCGGCAAGGUGAGGGAGGGGCUGCCGGGGUGCCUGGUCACCAGCGCCCCCUAUCCCUCCCCCCUGGUACUGACUCCAUGGGGCACAAGCAGAUGACAGUCUUUAUCAUGUCUUUCCAAUGAAUUGCUCUUUUCAUUUGCCUCUUCACUGAGGUCCUAUUAUAAUUACUGUAAGUGACUCUGCAGCAGCAGCAGUAAUCUAUAGGUCACCCCCUAAUCCAGGGGUUCCCAACUCCGAUCCGGGGGACCCCCUGUGUGCCGGUUUCCAUCCCAACCGAGCUCUCAAUUACUGAACUAGACCCCUAAUUGAACGGAUCAUUUGCUUAAUUAGACCUUUGUCAUUGUUUUCAGCUCUUAAACAGCUGCAUAUUUCAAGUUAGCUCUAACACUUGAGAAGUAACUUGAACUUCAACUGUUUAAGAGCUGAAAACAAGUACAGAGGUCUAAUUAAUCACAUUAUUAGUUUAAUUAAGGGUCUAGUUCAGUAAUUAAGAGCUUGGUUGGAAUGAACACCCCAGCAGACACAGGGGGUCCCCAAGACCGGGGUUUGAGAACCCCUGGACUAGUCUCUGUAAGUCGCUUUGGAUAAAAGCGUCUGCUAAAUGACUCAUAAUUAUUAUUAUUAUUAUUAUUAUUAUUAUUAUUAUUAUUAUUGUUAGUACGUCUUACUGUUUAAGGGGUGGUUGCAUAUCAUUAUGAUCCACUCCUGUUCGUUUAGUUUAGUAGAAUAGUUUUAUUUUUUUUAAAAUUUUUAAUUUUUUUGCAUUGUCGUCUCCUUAAUGUUUACACUAGGGAUGGGAGUCAGACUCGCGUUGCGUAGCGGCUUGAUCCAUUCCUAGGCAGAUUUGAUAUAUAGAUUUCAUUCUCUCAUCCUUAGUGUUUCUGUUGAAGUCUCUCUCAGGUGCUUGUGAUGUCAUUUUACUGCUCGGUGAAGGACGUCUACAGGGAUGGGAGUCAGACUCGCGUUGCGUAGCAGCUUGAUCCAUUCCUAGUCAGAUUUGAUAUAUAGAUUUCAUUCUCUCAUCCUUAGUGUUUCUGUUGAAGUCUCUCUCAGGUGCUUGUGAUGUCAUUUUACUGCUCGGUGAAGGAUGCCUACAGGGAUGGGAGUCAGACUCGCGUUGCACAGCAGUCUGAUCCAAUGCAUUGAAUUGCAUUACAGUUCAAUGAUACUUGAAGCUGUAUCGUUUUGUAUUGAUUUUUGAUUGAUAUAUAAAUUAUAAAGUGCCGUAAUAUUGCAGCCAAAUAAAAUACUAUUGAUAUAUAA